AGUUCAGCUUCAGAUGAUAAAAAUCCAAUUUUUGCUCAACAAUCAAUGCAUAUACAUCUACAGUACGGAUUGCUAUCACCCAGAGCAUCAACACGUAUACAGGUUCAGUUGCCUGCUGAUCAUACCGAUCAACGCCUUGAUACACCAUGGCUGAAUCCCAGGCGACGUCGGCGACCGCUGUGGAGAACCACGAUUCACAAACCAAACAAGUUCAAGAGAUAGCGGCGGACUAUAACCACCCGCCGGAAAGAUAUAUCCGUAAGCAAGAUGAAGAGUACGGUAACGUUAGCAACACCCCUGUAUCAUCUCCGAUGAGUGAGGUGGUUCCCGUUAUUGAUAUUAGCCUCUUAACUUCAUCUCUUUCGGAGCUCCAUAAGCUUAAAUCAUCUGUUAGCUCUUGGGGCUGCUUUCAGGCAAUUAACCAUGGAAUUGAAGGUUCAUUUCUGGAGAAAGUUGGAGAAAUCAGCAAACUGUUCUUCAGAUUUUCAGGGGAGGAGAAGAAGAAAUACUUGAGAGCAGAAGAUAAUAUUGAAGGAUAUGGGAAUGACAUGGUUCUUUCAGAGAAUCAGACUCUUGAUUGGAAUGAUAGACUUUAUCUUAAUGUUCUUCCAAAACAGCAACGAAGGCUUCAAUUUUGGCCCCAAAAUCCCUCUAACUUCAGGGAGGUUGUCGAUGAAUAUGUCUCCAAAAUAGAGUUGAUUAAUGAAUUUCUCCUAAAAGCCCUUGCUAGAUCAUUAAACUUGGAGGAAAAUAGCUUCUUGGAUCAAUAUGGGACAAGUGCAACAAUGGAGGCAAGGUUUAACUACUACCCUCCAUGUCCAUGGCCAGACAAAGUGUUUGGAGUAAAACCACACGCUGAUAUUUCAGCACUCACAUUUCUGUUGCAAGACAAAGAGGUUGAAGGGCUUCAAGUCUUGAAAGAUGGUCAAUGGGUUGGAGUUCCUAUUCUUCCCGAUGCUUUAACAAUCAAUGUUGGUGAUCAACUUGAGAUAAUGAGCAAUGGGAUUUUCAAGAGCCCUAUGCAUAGGGUGUUGAUCAACUCCAAAGAUGCAAGAAUGACUGUGGCUUUGUUUUGCAUGCCUCAAACGGAAAGGGAUAUUGGGCCUGUGGAUGGGCUUGUUACCGAUGAAACACCGAGGCUAUACAAGAACGUGACCUUUACUGUCGACUCAUUUUUCAAGUAUUACCAGAAAGGUAGGAGAGCAAUCGAUGUUUGCAAGAUUUGACUAUGUUCACAAGAUGGUUGGUUCAUAACUUCAUCGUCCCUUCCACUUAUUAUGUAUUUAUGUUCUGUGUUUUUGUUAUUUUGUGUGUGUCAUCCAAAUAACAUUAGAAAUCAUAGUAACAUGGCAUGAUGGCACAAGUAAUGUAUGUGUAUAGUGUCUUUUUAUGUCUUUGUCUAUGUGUAUUUGUAUGUAUACAUACAUAUACACAUCGACAAAUUAGUAACGGGAAUUUCAUGACUGGUCAAUAAUGUACAUUUAGCAACGAAAUAGUGCAUAACGUUAAAAGAUGGAAACCGAUCUAAAAGAGUAA